AUGAAUUAUAUGGAUUACAAAACUCAUUCAUUAGAAGAAGUGAAUGAGGCAGCAGCAGCGCUUUGUCGCGUUUUUAGUCAUUUUUUUGAAACGAAGGAGCUGAAACGGCCAGCUGCGGAUGAUCAGUCUGCUGGUGCAAUGGUCCAAAAUUGGAUUUCCGAUAAUUUCAUUUCGUUCACAGAAAAAUUAAUGCAGGUGUAUUCAGAACCUGAUGUGGACGCCUUGCAGGUGUCGUUUUUGACGAUAGCCUUACGUCUUUGCAAGGCUGAAUCCUAUUUGGACCCGAAUGGACUAUUGAGAAAUCAAUUGUAUUUCCGAUUUUGUACUGCUCUUGCUGCAGCAUCGAAUUUAUCGGAUCUCUGUGUUCAAGAUUUCGUAGAGUCCUAUCUCACCAAAUACACAGAUUUGCUAUACUAUUUCUACAAGAGCGUCGCUAAAAUAGCUAGUGCAUAUACAGAGAAUGAUUUGUCGGGCUUUUCUUCAGAUGAAAUCUUUACACUUGCUUCAAACAUUAUUCGCAUACUCUCUCUCAUACCUUCUCCGCUUUCAUCAUCUUUACCAUGGGCAUCUGCGCUUUCUUCAAAUGUCGAGAAUGCAUCAUCCUUAAAGCGCGCCUUUCAAGAUGCUUGGUUGUCCGCAUUGUAUCUUCCUCUCUCAAUCGACCUUUAUAAAAGGGUUUUGAGCGUGAUACACAAGCGUGUAAUUCCUUUCCUUCCCAAACCUGCAAUGCUAAUGGACUUUUUGACUGAUGCAUACAAUUCUCACCACGCCGUUGCCUUACUAGCCUUGAAUGGUCUUUUCACUCUAAUCAUGGAGCAUAAUCUUGACUAUCCUUUGUUUUAUCCUAAAUUAUACGCUCUUCUGGAUAGAAACUUACUCUACUUGCGUACAAGAUCUCGCUUCUUUCGUUUGCUAGAUUUGUUUUUGUCCUCUACUCAUUUGCCUGCUACUGUCAUUGCUUCUUUCAUAAAAAAAUUAGCCCGUUUAGCCUUAACCGGGUCACCUGGUGCGAUUGCUAUCGUUAUUCCUUUCAUUUACAAUUCCUUACAGCGCCACCCAAGUUGUAUGCAAAUGCUACAUCGCAAUGUUAGCGAAUCAGAUGACCCUUUUGAUAUUCAGCAACCCGAUCCUUUGCUGACAUCUGCAAUCGAUUCAUCUUUGUGGGAAUUGCAUACGUUGCAGAAUCAUUAUUAUCCCAACAUUGCUAGUUUGGCUGGUAUUAUGAGCCAACAGUUUACAAAACCUCGUUAUGAGUUAGAGGACUUUCUAGACCACAACUAUGCUACUAUGUGCGAUGCAGAAUUGCGAAGACCGAUGAAAACUGAACCUCCCAUCGAGUAUGAGAAGUGUACUCUUUCUUCCUAUCUUGACGAUUCUUGGGCUUAA